UAGACGUGUUAGCAUGUUUGGAAUCGCUUUGGCAGUCGUCUUGUUCCUCUUUGUGUCGGUGGAAGCCAAAUUCCCCGAAGAUCCAAAGCCGUGUAAGUACGGCGAUGGCGAAUGCAUCAUGAAGCUGUGCAACACCUUGUUCAGCGAAAAUGCUGCGGAGGGGGAUCCUGGCCUGAACCUGGCGCAGUUGGAUCCCCUUAAGGUGGACAGGAUGGUCAUAAGCCAGGGAGAGAGCUCCAGUCCCGUGGGCAUCACACUAACCUUUACCGACAAUUUGCUGUACGGCAUCAAGGACCAAAGGAUCGUGAAAGUGAAGGGAUUCGGAAGGGAUCUCACCGCCAAGCACGAGGUGAAAAUUGUCGCGAAAACCUUCUCACUGGUUGGACCCUAUAACAUCCAGGGCAAGGUACUGAUUCUGCCGAUCAGCGGAACUGGCCAGAGUAACAUGACUAUGGUUAAUGUCAGGGCAAUCGUCGGCUUCUCGGGCAAGCCGCUGGAGAAGAACGGAGAGACCUACUUGGACGUUACCGACUUGAAGAUAACGAUGAAGCCGGAGUCCAGCCACUACCACUUCAGCAAUCUGUUCAAUGGCGACAAGGCGCUGGGCGACAACAUGAAUGUCUUCCUCAACGAAAACUCGGAGGCCAUUUACAAGGAGACGGCCAAGGCAAUCGACCGAUCCUUCAGCAAACUGUACCUGGGCGUCGUCAAAGGAGUGUUCUCCAAACUGCCCUAUGCCAAGUUGUUUGCCGAUGAGUAGUAGUCUGCUUUUGAAAGUGGGUUCAGUCCACUCAAAGAUACUGAUCGCCAGCUCUAGUUCAAGUUGUUGCGUACUGACAGAUAGAAGUUUUUAGGCUAGCAAUCGUCAUUAGGAUUAAUGGAGUUCGUGAGUGGCAUUCGAAUAUGUGAGAACAAGUAACUACUAUCAAAUCAUCUUGGCGAAAUAUUCUGUAAGUGUUGUGUGGCAAUAAAAGUUAUAUUUAGUAGUUAGCACAUUGUAAAUUAUAAUUGCUUCAAGGAAUCGUUCUGUAAAAUACCAUACUCGUACAAAUAUAAAUCCAUUCAAAAUGA